AUGGCACUUUACAUCAAGUUCCUGGGAAAGUUCUUUUUGCACCAAUUUGUCAUAUAUCUUUGCUACGCACCAGAGCAAGCCUCUUUAGCAGAAAACUUCUUUCAUCUUCUCGGACACGGCUACAUGGACAGAGGGCAGAGUUCUCACAUUGGCCAGCUGGCUCAAACAUUCACACAAUGGGCGAAGGAGAAAACCCCGGCUCAUACCAACAAGAAGGUAUACGAAGAUCAUGUGGAUCCUCUACGUGCCCAGACAGCGGAGGAGAGCCAGAAAUACGCAAAGAUUACGGCAGAUAACCAGACGGAGGCGGAGGAAGCCCAUAGCCCCGAGGUACAAGACACACUUGAGGCUUUGCAUCAAUUACAUUCAAGAAUGCCCGAUAUUGUUGUCGAACUCGAGGCGAGUGUCAAGGCGAUGCACCUGGAGUAUGGACGGACCGAGGGACGACUAAAACGUGAUAUCGAGUCAAACGGAGUCCAAGAGCUUAAGACAUGA